AUGGCCCCCGAGCCGCGCACGCUGCCGCCGUCCCCGAACUGGUACUGCGCCCGGUGCAGCGACGCCGUGCCCGGGGGCCUCUUCGGCUUCGCCGCGCGCACCUCCGUCUUCCUGGUCCGCGUGGGCCCGGGCGCGGGCGCGAGCCCGGGGACGCCCCCAUUUCGAGUUGUAGGAGAGUUGGUGGGACACACGGAAAGAGUCUCUGGCUUCACUUUUUCUCAUCACCCGGGUCAGUACAACCUCUGUGCCACGAGCUCCGACGAUGGGACUGUGAAAAUCUGGGAUGUAGAGACGAAAACAGUGGUGACGGAGCAUGCCCUCCAUCAGCACACAAUAUCAGCGCUGCACUGGUCUCCGCGAGUGAAGGACUUAAUAGUGUCUGGAGAUGAAAAAGGAGUCGUUUUCUGUUACUGGCUUCAUAGAAAUGACAGCCAGUACCUCUUUGUAGAGCCCAGGACAAUUUUCUGUCUUACUUGUUCGCCUCAUCAUGACGACUUGGUGGCCAUCGGCUACAAGGACGGCAUCGUGGUUCUCAUCGACCUCAGCAAGAAAGGAGAAGUGAUCCACAGGCUUCGGGGCCACGACGACGAGAUCCACUGCAUCGCCUGGUGCCCCGUGCCCGGGGAGGACUGCCUGCCCGCACCGCAGGAGGAGGGCCGAGAAGACCCGGAAAUCCCCAACGGGAGAGCCCCAGCGCCCAGUCCCGGCAUGAAGGGCUGCUACUUGGCCACGGGCAGCAAAGACCAGACCAUCCGCCUCUGGAGCUGCUCCCGGGGCCGAGGGGUGAUGGUUCUGAAACUGCCCUUCCUGAAGAGAAGAGGCGGCGGCGUCGACCCGGCGGUGAGAGAGCGUCUCUGGCUGACCCUCCACUGGCCCAAGGACCAGCCCACGCAGCUGGUGUCCAGCUGUUUUGGGGGUGAGCUGCUGCUGUGGGACCUGGCGCAGUCCUGGCGACGGAGGUACACGCUCUUCAGCGCUGCCGUGGAGGGCCAGCACCAUGCCAGGAUCGUGUUCAACCUGUGUCCUUUGCGCACUGAGGACGACAGGCAGCUGCUGCUCUCCACCUCCAUGGACAGAGACAUCAAGUGCUGGGACAUGGCCACGCUGGAGUGCUGCUGGACGCUGCCUUCCCUCGGGGGCUUCGCCUACAGCCUGGCCUUCUCGCCGGUGGACACCGGCUGCUUGGCCGUCGGCGUGGGGGAUGGCAUGAUCCGCGUCUGGAACACGCUCUCCAUAAAGAACAACUACGACGUGAAACAUUUCUGGCAGGGUGUCAAGUCCAAGGUCACAGCGCUGUGCUGGCACCCGGCCAAGGAAGGCUGCUUGGCCUUCGGGACGGAUGAUGGGAAGGUGGGGCUGUACGACACCUACUCCAGCAGGCCCCCGCAGAUCUCCAGCACGUACCACAAGAAGACCGUGUACACGCUAGCCUGGGGGCCGCCGGUCCCGCCCACCUCGCUGGGGGGAGAAGGUGACAGACCUUCCCUCACCUUGUACAGCUGUGGGGGCGAAGGAGUCGUCCUGCAGCACAACCCCUGGAAGCUGGGCGGCGAGGCCUCUGACAUUAACAGGCUCAUCCGGGACACCAACGCCAUCAAGUACAAGUUGCCUGUGCACACGGAGAUCAGCUGGAAGGCAGAUGGCAAGACCAUGGCUCUCGGCAACGAAGACGGGUCCAUAGAAAUAUUCCAGGUGCCGAACCUGAAGCUGGUCUGCACCAUCCAGCAGCACCACAAGCUGGUGAACACCCUAAGCUGGCACCACGGGCACGGCAGCCGGCCCGAGCUGAGCUGCCUCCUGGCCUCCGGGUCCAACAACGCUGUCAUCUACGUGCACAACCUGCAGGCUGUCCUAGAGAGCAGCCCCGCGUCCCCAGUGACCAUCACAGAGCCCUACCGGACCCUCUCGGGGCACACCGCCAAGAUCACCAGUCUGGCGUGGAGCCCGCAUCACGAUGGAAGGCUGGUGUCUGCCUCCUACGACGGCACAGCUCAGGUGUGGGAUGCUCUCCGGGAAGAGCCGCUGUACAAUUUCCGAGGACACCGCGGCCGGCUGCUGUGUGUGGCAUGGUCCCCGCUGGACCCGGACUGCAUCUACUCAGGGGCAGACGACUUCUGUGUGCACAAGUGGCUCACCUCUGCGCAGGAGCACUCCCGGCCGCCUCAGGGCAAGAAAAGUAUUGAAUUGGAGAAAAAAAGGCUCUCUCAACCUAAGCCGAAGGCCAAGAAGAAGAAGAAGCCGCCGCUGAAGGGGCCGGGCAAGCAGGACUUCCCGGACGGGCUGGAGGACGAGGGCCCGCGGGAGGGCACGGCACCCCUGGAGAACGGCGUGUCCGACCCGGAGGCCGAGGAGGAGGUCCCGCGGCCAGAGUCCCCCUGCAGCACAGCCUCUGUGGUGUCUCGGGCGCCGGGUGCCUGUGCUCCUGUGGCCUCGGGCCUGGACAAACCGAGCGCCUCCCUGAACAGCAAAGCCGCCUCGCUGAGAAAGGAGGGGCCUAAAGAGAAGCCAGAAGCCUUACUCAAGAAGCGGAAGGCUCGCUCCACGCUGCCCCUGAGCACCAGCCUGGACCACAGGCCCAAAGAGGAGCUUCACCAGGACUGCCUGGUCUUGGCCACCGCCAAGCACGCCAGAGAGCGAAAUGAGGGUGUGUCGGCCGACCUUGAGGAGAGGUUCCACCUGGGGCUCUUCACAGACCGGGCCGCACUGUACAGGAUGAUCGACGUGGAAGGAAAAAGCCACCUGGAGAACGGCCACCCCGAAUUGUUCCACCAGCUCAUGCUUUGGAAGGGAGAUCUGAAGGGCGUGCUGCAGUCCGCCGCCGAGCGCGGGGAGCUGACGGACAACCUCGUGGCCAUGGCGCCCGUCGCUGGGUACCACGUGUGGCUGUGGGCUGUGGAAGCAUUUGCCAAGCAGCUGUGCUUUCAGGACCAGUAUGUCAAGGCUGCUGCUCACCUGCUCUCCAUCCACAAGGUGUACGAAGCUGUGGACCUGCUCAAGUCCCACCAUUUCUACAGGGAGGCUAUCGCUGUUGCCAAGGCCCGGCUACGCCCCGAGGACCCGAUCCUGAAGGACCUGUACCUCAGCUGGGGAGCCGUCCUGGAGAAAGAUGGCCACUAUGCUGUGGCCGCCAAGUGCUACUUAGGGGCCACUUCCGCAUAUGACGCAGCCAAAGUUUUGGCCAAAAAGGGGGACGCAGCGUCCCUCAGAACGGCUGCGGAGCUGGCUUCCAUCGCAGGCGAGGACGAGCUCUCCGCCUCCCUGGCUCUCCGCUGUGCCCAGGAGCUGCUCCCGGCCAGAAACUGGGUGGGGGCCCAGGAUGCGCUGCGGCUCCAUGCCAGCCUGGAGGGCCAGAGACUGGUGUUCUGCCUCCUCGAGCUUCUGUCUCAGCGCCUGGAGGAGAGGCAGCCCCCUGACAGCAGGGGCCCCUGCGGCUCCCACAACGCCUGGGCUGCGGGCCCCGACGGCCCCUUCGUGGAGUGGGUGACGGCCGUGUGGACGGACGCCCUGGGCCUGGACACCCCCGAGCGGCGGCGGACAGCGUCUCAGCAGCUGCGCAGCGUCAAGUACCCGAGCGCGACCACCAACACCGCCUCCAAACAGUUCCUGCUCCACGUCUGCCAUGACCUGACGCUGGCGGUGCUGAGCCAGCAGGAGGCCUGCUGGGCCGCGGCGGUGGAGGCCCUGCUGCGGGCCGUGGUGCGCAGCUAUGACGCGGGCAGCUUCACCGUCAUGCAGGAGGUGCUCGCCGCCUUUCUUCCUGAGGGCUGUGACCCCUUGAGGGACAAACUGGGUGAGCAGCAGGCCCCUGCCACAGCGGCUCUCAGGAGUCUGGAGGCCUUCUUCGCUUACGGACAUCUGUAUGAGUUCUGGUGGUCUCUCUCCAGAACCUGCCCGGCAGCCGGGGCCUGGGCCAGGGCUGCCCACGGAAGGACAGCCCCUGCUGAGCAGAGUCCACAGCCGGACAGUGCUGGCCCCCAGCAAGCUGCGCCCGCUGCUGCUCAGCCAGAGCCCAGUGCGCACCCCACCUGGGAAGGAGGGCACCCCGCCCAGGAAGAGAAGCGUCUCCCUGAGGAAGGGGAGCACCCCACCCAUGAAGGGGAGUUCCUCGCCCAGGAAGGGGAGCGCCCCACCCAGGAAGGGGAACACCCCGCCCAGAAAGAGGAGCAUCUCACUGAGGAAGGGGAGCACCUCGCCCAGGAAGGGGAGUGCCUUGCCCAGGAAGGGGAGCACCCCACCCAGGAAGGGGAGCACCCCACCCAGGAAGAGGAGCAUCUCACUGAGGAAGGGGAGCACCCCACCCAUGAAGGGGAGCAUCUCGCCCAGGAAGGGGCGUGCCCUGCCCAGGAAGGGGCGCCCCCGGCCCAGGAAGAGGAGCACCCUGUCCAGGAAGAGGAGCACCUUGCCCAGGAAGGGGCACACCUGCCUGCUGCUUGCUGGGGGCUUCUUUCAGACGAACAUGCCAGUCUCCAGGCUUCCCAGAGGACUGUGGCCGAAGUCCAGGAGACCUUGGCAGAAAUGAUCCGCCAGCACCAGCAGAGUCAGCUCUGUAAAUCCACGGUGAAUGGGUCCAUUGAGGAAGAACCAGAACCAGAAGCAGAACUGCCCUCCCUCAAUGCUCAGAGCCGGUGUGAAGAAGAAAAUGAGCCAGUUUCUCUGCCUGAACUAACUAAACGGCUUACGGAGGCGAAUGCCAGAAUAGCUGAGUGUCCGGAGCGUGUCAAGACCUGGCCCUUCCCGGACGUGCUCGAGUGCUGCUUGGUCCUGCUCCAUGUGGAGGCCCAGUGCCCCGGCGCCGUGCCCCAGGAUGUGCAGCGGCGGGCUCGCGAGCUCCUCCAGGAGUACGGCCGCUCCAGGGCGCACAGGCGGCACUGCCAGGCCUUCUGCACCUGAGCUGCCGGCCCUCCAGAAGCAGCUGGUCCGAACUUUGGACACUUGGCCUCUGCCACCCGCCUCACCGGUGACCUCACACUGGCCCAGACGGCACAGCUCCACCCGGACUCGGGGCUGUGGGCCCUGACCCCGCAGAGCGGCCGUGUGGCCCGUGUCCUUCACACGCUGCCUCUCCCAAGGUUCUGCUGGGUCAUAAAUGUUGCCCGCGUCCGAGGUGGCUGGCUGCGUUCUGUGACUUCGCUCUUUUUUCACUGGUUCUUGUUGCUCUGGGCUCCCCUGCCAAGGCCAGAGUUGGAGUGUGAAGUCGGCCUUACCGUCGAGGCGCUCCUUUGCGCUCCGUCUGAACUGCAGGAAGGGGUCAAACAGCAGGUUUUCUCAUGUCCUGUGAGCACGUCUGGACACGCCCCCUACGAAGGCCAUGGACAGACGGGCACUGACUCGGCUGCGUCAUCCCUUCUUGUGGGGAGCGACGGUCGGAAUAGCUCAGGAAGAGGCCACUGCUGUCUUGCUGGUCCUCGGUCUUCCCAGGGCCGCAGGACCUUGGAGAAUUAAAAGCAGGUGUUCUUGGGAGAGAAACGCCUGGUUUCCGCCCCCAUCCCGUGGAUGGCCGAGUGUCAGGAACCCCUUUCUGGAACCUGCUGGCCGCUUGAGUGUGAAAUCAGCCGGGGCGGGGCUGGGAGGGGCCCCCUCCCCGUCAUUGAGCUGUUUUCUUUUGGGAGUUCCCUGGGAAGAAUUUUCUGAUGUGGGCUGUUUCCCAGGGGAGGGCCAUGAGCAGCGAGGACGGACGCCCAGAUGGACACGCUCCAAAGCCUGGCUGACUGGGUGGUUUUGGUUUUGGUUUUGAUUAGACCUACCUUUAGGGUUUUAAAAAUGCUCAACACAAAAGGAAGCGCUGUGGGAUUUAGGUCCUCGUGGUUCUUCACACAGAUGAAUGGCCUUUAAGAAGUGGUGUUCGAGGGGCUGGAGAACUGGCCACAGACGGAAACAGGUCUGGGGACUCGCUGCGGCCGUGGCAGGGGGCAGAGGUGGGCCCUCCGCCCGCGCUGUCAGCAGCCCCGGGGCCUAUGUUCUGCUCCGGUUAGCAAAACCCACCCCGCAGCCUCGUGACUGCUUCGGUGACACCAGCAGUGGCUCCGUGACAGCCUAGAGCGACGCCCCACAACCGCCUAGCUGCCCACGCUGGCAGAGCCGGGAGGAGCCACUCAGCCCUUCCCCACCCCACUCCGGACAACCCCACUCCCUCCCGGCAGAUCCGGCUACUGGGCCCUGCCUGCCCCGCCCCGGACUGGCCAGGGGAUGCCCACGGCCUUGCUUCUAGACCCCAGCCACUGCUCACUGCCACAGACCCAGCAGCUGCUUGUGCCGCUGCCGCCGGCGCUUGCUAGGAAGCAGCGGGUACUCACGGAGAGCCUGGCCCGUGGGGCUUAGCCCAGCUCCUCAUGGCAGCGCUCACGCCCGUCGCAGACAAGCUCCUCCAGUCCACUUAGACACGCAGCCCCUCCCCUGCGUGGCCAGACCCCACCUAACACCGGGCUGUCCCCUCCCUCGCAGGCCUCCCUGCCCCAAGCACCAUCUUCAGUUGCCACUGAGACUCAUUCCGUGUUCGCCCAGAUCCGGAAGGGCGGGUGGGGGGCCAGCCACCUGCGGGCCGAAGCGCCGCCCUCCGCGGCCACCAUGACCCCGCCUUCCACGGGAGCGCCCAGCCCAGAGCCCAGCUGGCUCCCGUGCCCCACAGACCGACCCGUUUGUGCGCCAACAGAAAGGGUUGGAAGCUGUAUCCUCACCCCAGCGGGCCUGCUGCUGCCACGCGCUGCGGCGGCCCCAGGAAACCGAGUCACAAGCGCCUUCGUCGUCCAGCCUAGCGCUGCGGAGGGGUCACGGGAGGACCGGCACUGAGAGCGGGGGACAUGGCCUGCCCCCCGCUACCCUCAGCAAACCCCGUCUUCUACAGCCAGCAAGGACCAGGCCUUCAUGCCAGCGGUUAAAAAGAAAUCUUUAUUUUACAAAAUUAAAAACAUAAAUAAUAUUUACAAGCAUCUUAAAUACUGGUUUAUAACACCUGACAUUUUUUAAUCAUUUCAAAUUGAGUUUUCCACAAGCUUUUAAAAGGCA